UCACUUUCCACCCCUGCAGUGCUCGGACGCCUGGUUUUGUAUUAUCGUCGUGAGCCUUUAUUCAUGCAGAGGUAUCCUGUGGGGUUGUGAGAAGAGUCAGACGAACGAAAAACGGAGGAAAAUGUCUUUGCAGGCAGAAUUUGAGCAGCAUGCUGAGGACGUGAAGAAAGUAAAGAGCAGGCCCACGGAUCAGGAACUUUUGGACAUGUAUGGCUAUUACAAGCAAGCCACCGUUGGGGACGUAAACAUCGACAGACCUGGGAUGUUGGAUAUGAAGGGCAAGGCCAAAUGGGAUGCAUGGAAUUCCAGGAAAGGUAUGUCUAAAGAGGAUGCCAUGACUGCCUACGUCGCCUUGGCCAAGGAGAUCAUUGCCAAAUACGGCAUGUGAUGACAGAAACCUGAGAGUGAAAUAUAGAAUUGAGAAAAGCAAUAGAAAAGACAUGCAUUUAUCAACUAUUCCAGUUUUUAUUUGUAGUGUUGGUUUAACCCUGACUACUAGUAUCUUACUUUUAAUACUUGCACAUCAUUGCUUCUAAUCAUUUGAGUCAUGCACAUUUUGUUUACGUAACUGAUUGACUGAUUUAUUUAAUAAAUUCUAUUCAUUUAGAAA